UUCUUUCCUGUUCUUAUAAUGAAUAAAGAUGACCAGAAUCUGAAGCAGGACUCGUGAUACGCCUUCAGUAAUCCUAGAUAAAUUUUCAGGAAGUACAUUACUGUCUUCCAAACUACAGAUCUUGCACUUCUAGUUUUAUGAUAGCAUGAUGGGCAGUUUUCAGGCUAUGUCUCAGGCUACAGCAUAGCCAGGAAAUCUUCAUGAAUACUGGGACAUGGACAACAGGCAUGACCUUCCCUGCAUGAAGUUUACAGUCUGUCAACAAUAGCUGUUACUGAAUGACAAGCUAUGAGAUGAAUACAGGAUGGUAUGAGACCAUUGUAGUGGGUCUAACUAUAUAGGGAUACAAAGAAAUUAUAAUAUAACUCAAUAACUCAAUGUCAUAUUGUGGAACCAUAAAAGGGACAAGAUACACCAUAGAGGAGAAGAUGUGAUAGUCAUUACAGGCAGAACAUGACUGGAAACAACCAAACUUUGAUAUCAAAGUUCCUCCUCCUGGGUCUGCCCAUCUCAUCAGAGUAUCAUCUCCUGUUCUAUGCCCUAUUCCUGGCCAUGUACUUUACCACUGUCCUGGGAAACAUGUUAAUCAUUCUCCUUGUUCGACUGGACUCCCAUCUCCACACACCCAUGUACUUGUUUCUCAGCAACUUGUCCUUCUCUGAUCUCUGCUUUUCCUCUGUCACAGUACCCAAAUUGCUUCAGAACAUGCAGAGCCGAGUACCAUCUAUAUCUUAUGUUGGCUGCCUGACACAGCUGUACUUCUUUAUGGUUUUUGGAGACAUGGAAAGCUUUCUUCUUGUGGUCAUGGCCUAUGAUCGCUAUGUGGCCAUCUGCUUUCCUUUGCAUUACACCAGCAUCAUGAGUACCAAGUUCUGUACUUUACUAUUGCUACUACUGUGGAUGCUGACAAUGUCUAAUGCCAUGAUGCACACCUUGCUCAUGGCUAGAUUGUCUUUUUGUGAGAAGAAUGUGAUUCUUCACUUUUUCUGUGAUAUUUCUGCUCUUCUGAAGUUGUCCUGCUCAGACACUUUUAUUAAUGAGUUGAUGAUAUUUAUCAUGGGAGGUAUCAUCAUUAUUAUUCCAUUCCUACUCAUUGUUAUGUCCUAUGUAAGGAUUUUCUUCUCCAUUCUCAAGGUCCCAUCUAUCCAGAGCAUCCACAAGGUCUUUUCUACAUGUGGAUCCCAUCUGUCUGUGGUGUCCCUGUUCUAUGGAACCAUUAUUGGUCUAUACUUAUGUCCAUCAGGUAAUAAUUCCACCGUAAAGAAGAGUGCCAUGGCUAUGAUGUACACAGUGGUUACUCCCAUGCUGAACCCCUUCAUCUACAGUCUGAGGAACAGAGACAUGAAGAGAGCCCUAAUAAGAGUUAUCUGUAGUAAGAAAAUCUCUCUGUAA